AUGAGAUCAUGUCCUCAAAUAACUCAUGAACUUGAAAUUUCUUUUAAUAAUAUGACAAAAUUUAAUGAAAAUUUUGCCGAACUAACAAAAAAUUUCGUACCAGAUCUAAAAAUCCUCGAUGUCAAUUUUGAGGGUGAUACAAAUCUUCAAGGAGUGAAUGAAG